AUGGCUCACCUGAUCCGAGGCAAGCAAGCAGGCAUCCAGAACGAUCUCAGCACAGGCAUAUCACCGGAACUCUUUGCCAUUGACGACCUCGCCCGGUUUGGAGUCAAUUCGCAGAUAUCAUGUCUUGCCUACGAUCCCGUGCAGUCUUUGCUCGCCGUUGGCACGAAGAGCUCCCAGUUCGGACCAGGACAAAUCUACAUCUUCGGCCAGGGAAGGAUAGCAGUCACGCUGCCCACUCCACCGCGAGGAGCAAGCAUCCAGACGUUGCAAUUCUGCGCCGAAAAGCUGGUGGCGCUGGACUCGAAGCAUGACAUCUCCGUCUACUCGAUCGAGUUGAAAAGACUCAUCACUUCUUAUUCUCCGCCUGGAUCAGUGACCGUGCUCUGCACCGACCCUAUGCUUGACUAUGCUUUCUUGGGCAUGCAGAAUGGAGAAGUGCUGGCCUUUGACAUGGACCGUGAGGCGCCGGCGCCUUUCAAGAUCGGUAACAUCUGGCAAGAAUUCGAUCCUCGAGCGAGAAUAGCCACUGUCGUCUCCCUGCAGCUCCACCCUCGAGACAUUGGCACCCUGCUUAUCGGCUACAAGCAAGGCGCGGUCAUUUAUAGCUUCAAGCUGAACAAGGCCCUGAGACACUUCCACUACGAGGUUCCGCGAGGCGCACCCGGCGGCGAAGGCGAUCCUGCAUCGAUGAAUGUGAUCCGGCGGCCGCUUCUGACCCACGCAGUAUGGCAUCCGACAGGCACUUUUAUCGUGACAGGUCAUGAGGACAGCUCGCUUGUAUUCUGGGAUACCAUCAAGGACGGCCGAAUGCUUAUGGCCAGAACACUGACAGACACCAAUGUUGCUACUCCUGGUGCGCCAUCCGGCAAUAUGGGCCAAGGCCGCGGCACUCUAGCAGUGAAAGAACCACUUUUCCGGAUAUCGUGGUGUGCGAAUGGACGGGAUCCAGAAGACACUAUGCUCUUGAUCGCUGGCGGUCAAUCGACACAAGCACCCACCAAAGGCCUGACACUUUUUGAAAUGGGGCGAACGCCGGUGUAUGCCACAAGCACUUGGGAUACGCUCGUAAACUACUUCGACUCACCCAAACGCCAGCGUAUAUUGCCAACUCCUCCCGGUGCUGAGGUUGUCGAGUUCUGCUUGAUACCACGAACCACGCCUCAUUUUGCUGGUGCUCAUGAUCCCAUCGCAAUUCUUGCUGUUCUUUCAUCUGGCGAGCUAUUGACGCUCUCGUUCCCGUCUGGCAUGCCGAUCAACCCUACGAACCAGUUGCACGUCUCUCUUACAUUCGUACAUCCCUUCGUGCAGUCUCUCAAUACUGCAAUCGUGGGCCGCGAAAAGUGGCUCGGAUUGCAGGAACGCCGAGAACAAGGCCCUCUCUUCCUCCAGGGCGGUACGGAGAUGCCGGGCCAGCUUCGGAGGUAUGAAAAUCGCACCCUAGCAAUAAUGACACAUGCCGAUGGCACAGUACGACUCUGGGAUCCUGGUUAUGGAGAUGAGAUUGAGAACGAGAAGGUUCUGCACGUGGACGUUGCAAGAGCUGUAGGUCACUGGGAUAAUGUCUACGUGACAGCGACCUCAUUUGCAGGCGCGAGUAGUGAGCUGGCAAUCGGCUUGCGAAGUGGCGAAGUUGUCAUCUAUCGUUGGAACGUCAAUCGCAAUGUUGGCAAAGAGCCACCGGCACCUCGACCAGCUCAGCCUGGCCAGCUUACCAGUGUUGUCGACCGAAUGGACCCGUCCUUGAGCGAAGGUCUGGGCCCCUUUACCAUGCUUGAUCAGAAAGAUGGCCCUGCUACUGCUGUCUGUAUGAGCGAGAUUGGCUUUGCAGCUGCUGCAUUCGAAGGCGGCAGCGUUGUGCUGAUCGAUCUUCGCGGACCUGCAAUCAUUCUGAACACAUCUGUGCAAGAGUUUGCCAGGGCCUCACGAGCUGGCAGCAUUCGGAGCCGUUCUAGUAGUGCUGGCAACAAGCAGGAGUGGGCCACCAAGCUUGAAUUCAGCAUCAUGGAUCUCGAAGGCGACAAUUACAGCUCGAUCUGCCUUCAUGUAGGCACGAAUCUUGGCAAGCUUGCUACUUUCAAGAUCCUGCCAGACCCGAGUGGGCGAUACAGCGCACAGUAUGCUGGCCACGUCUCGCUUGGCGAUACAAGAAUCAUGUACAUCACACCUAUCAACGCCAACAGUGGCACACCAGCGACGGCAACGCAGUCCACGAUGGGUAACCUUCGGAAUGGUCUACGAGUCAAUGGAGCUUUGGUCGCAGUGACGCCGACCAGCGCUCACAUCUUCCGACCUGCAACAGCCAAAGGAGCACACAAGAGCUUCGACAGCUACUUCUGUGAUAGUGCCGGCAUCGUUCGAUUCAAGGAUCAAGGUCAUGCCUUGGUCGGCCUCUUCGGUGACGGCAAAGCACGACUCUUCACUAUUCCUUCCCUCAAAGAGAUCAAUAGUCUUGACCUCACAAACAUGAACAACACCGGCACGGGCCUUGACGUGAGACGUUUCGGCAAUGCUGUCAUCACAUAUACUGGCAAUAUCAUGGCCUUUACUGGUCCUUCCGAAAUCGCUCUCAUCACAAUUUGGGGCACUGGUGAGCCUCUGGCACGAAGACAAGAUCGCCUCUUCAACCCCGAACGCCUAAUUCCUGCACGACCUACCAUCUCCACAGUGCAAUGGGUCACGGGCACUCAAUACAUCACCCCCUCAGAUAUGGACAUUCUCAUCGGCGGCCCCGAUCGGCCACCCAGCAAGCGCAUGAUUGCGCAGGCGAGAGCAGAAGAAGAACAAAGACGACAAGCUGGCAGAGCGAACACCUCUACUUCCACGAGAGGUGCAGCCGGACAGCAAGAUGAAGGAUACUGGGCGUACAUGCAGCGCCAGAUUCAAGAACGUACAGAGAAGCUGGGUUUGGUAGGCGAUCAGAUGGACCAGUUGGAGCAAAAUAGCAGUAACUGGCUGAAUGACGUCAACAAGUUUGUGGGCAGGCAGAAGAAGAAUGCUGCGACUGGAAGUAAGUUGCAUCCUACUUUUCUCAUUCGUAUUGAUCAAGCUGACAUCUUGGCGUUGCAGUUAUCAAGGCAAGAUUUGGCCUGUAGCGAUUGA